GGCUGAAGUUACGAAAAUUACCGUCCCAGUGACUCAAAAAGCUAAUAAUUGUACUGAAAUCCGUCAUUUGGAUACAAAGGUUUUCAAGGCCAAGAAACCGAAUAAAAAGGGAAGAGAGAAGGCAAAAAAGAUUUGAAUGGCGCCGCAGAAUUCUGAUCAAGUUAUUUUGACAAAUGCCUCUUUCGAAGACAACGAAAUUAUUACAGGACAGCGUAAGAGGAUAGUGAUUUUUUCAUUUUUAGUCUUAAUGUCAAUUUUUAUUAUUAUUAUCAACUGCUUCGUCGUGUUCUUGGUUUGGAGGAAAAGGACUCUUCGCACACCGGCGAACAUGUUUUUGACAAGCCUUGCCUGCUCCGAUUUCUUGUCAGGAGCUUGUGCGAUCCCGCUGAUCAUAACCUGUGAGGUUUUGGAAACACGUCAUUCGUGGAGUGGACCAUUUUGCCUGAGCAUGGAUCUCAUCAACAGAAUGUUGUCCAUAUCCUCUAUUUUUCACUUACUGGUCAUCGCCGUCGAGAGGUACGUGGUAAUCGUACGCCAUGUGAAACCAGACGACUUUGUUAGUUGCAAGAAAUACUCUGUGAUCGUGUCUGCAUUGUGGCUUAUCCCUGUGUCUGCGUCUUUCAUACAACUAACGUGGAUUCCCCUCAAAGAUGGCGUCCCACAGUUGCAAGGUAUCUCUCAAUCGGAGAUCAUUUACGACAUCGUUUGCAUCUUCGGAUUUGUCUUUUUUCCCUUGAUGAUCAUUGUUAUCGCUUACAGCAAAGUAUUUUCUGUUUUGCGAAGGCACGCAAAAGAAAUAGACAAACACACAUUAGUUUUUAUGGCAUCCUCUAGGAAUCAAAGACAUAAACUGAAGGAAAAGCGAGCCACAUUAAUCUACGCUUCAAUGAUCGUUUUUUACGUUAUCGGAUGGUUUCCUUACUUUCUUCUAUCUUUGUCCUACGACUUGGGUGUCGGCGAGGAAGUGCUCAACAUCCCUUACUGGACCGACACUCUUUUUAUGUUCUGCAGAUUUCUAAGCCCGCUUGUCAAUCCUUUAUUAUACACAUUUUUCAAACAGGAUUUCAAAGCCGUGAUUUUUGCUAUGAGACGGGGAUCUACAGCGAAUGCGGACCAACUGUUAGAGACCUCAUCCCCGUCGAACACAAUUCCUCUGCGACAUCUGAGAGAUCCAGCGACAUCAGGCGAACCUCUAUAAAUGAAGUGGUGGGUGAAUAUUUCCUCAAAGGCAUGUCGAGGCUUUUUACUCAUUUUGAAGGUGCAGUAAGCAGAAAGCAUGAUAGAAACGAAACGAUUUGUUGCAAAGAAUCUUAGGCUGUACUUCUGGCAACUUCAAUUGUGGAUACCAAGUACAAAGUUGAAUCAGUUACAUAUAAUAUACGUCUUAGACUUGUCUAA